CCACAUGUUGAUGUAACUAAGGCUGAUAUUUUUUUCCCUGAAAAACAAGAACAACUAUUGCUAAUAUAUUUAAUUUAAAUAUCACUUCAGUGAAGUAUGGUAGUAAUGGGAUAUUUUGUUCUUCUUUAGCAACUUUGAUUCUCUCUCUUCUCUCUCUCUCUGGAGCUGGCAAUGAACUCAAUCACUGUUGCUUCUGCUUCCUUAUGGAAUCCGAUACUGACAAAUUCUUCCAAGUUUUCUAAAUUCAAUUCAUCUCCUCCGUGUUUUCGAGUGGUUUGUUCUGGUGAAUUUCAGCACCACUAUGCUGCCAAGGAUUUGCACUUCCAUCUACACGAUGCUAUGGAUUCUUCUGGAAUUGACUCCACAUAUGCGAAGGAGGCUAGGAAGGGUUUCUUGACUCAGAUUCGAUAUUUUUCUAAUAUAGAGAAGGAAACAAGUAUUAGCAUUAAUAGACGUGUUGAUUUGGCGAAAGCUGCUCUUUAUAUUGCAGCAGAGGAUGAUUCCUUGGUAUCUCAUUCAUCUGUUCCUCUUCCCAUCGAUGCAUUUAUUAAUAGACUAAGUGACCUUUCCAUGGGCUAUUGUACUCACUACAAAUCUUCAUUCAAUUUAUCACCAGAAAGUUUUUUGGAGAGUAUAGAGAGGUAUAUGUACGUCACGAAGGGUUUCAGAAGAACCAGUUCUACAACUCAAUCAGAAUCACGAGCUCUAUAUCUUCACACAGUCUUGACCCAUCGUACAGGCUCAGCUGCACUACUUUCACUCGUAUACUCUGAGAUCCUGAAAAUGCUUCGUUUAUGGAGCCUUCUGGAUUUUGAUGUAGAGAUAUAUCAUCCUCAUGAUGGUUAUAGCCUUCCCACGGGCUAUCAUAAACAGAAAAGCAAGGAAUCUGAUCAACCACACAUAAUAACAACACAAAGUCUCUUGGUGGAGAUUUUAAGCAAUUUAAAGGAAUCUUUUUGGCCAUUUCAACAAAAUAACUCCAGAAGUUUAUUCUUAAGGGCCGCUGAUGUUGCUAACUGUAGUGAUAGAUCGAAUGCAAUUGAAGAAAGUGGCUUUCAGCUUGCAUCUGCAAAGGCUGCUCAACACAGGCUAGAACGUGGAGUUUGGACCAGUGUACGUUUUGGAGAUAUGAGGCGUGCACUAUCAGCAUGUGAACGGCUUAUCCUCCUUGAUGUUGAUCCGAAGGAAUUGAGAGAUUAUAGCAUCCUUCUAUACCAUUGUGGCUUUUAUGAGCAAUCUCUGGAGUAUUUGAAGUUGUAUCAAGAAACAAAGAGUUGCUUAAGUCCAUCCGAUACAAUAAGUUGCCAGGAGGAGGAAGCUGUGAAUAACUUGAUGAAACGCCUUGCCCUUAUUAUGAUGGAAGAUGGUUGGAGCAGUCCCUCUUACACUCGAAACUUCAUCGGUAAGAACUCAGAACCAUGGUAAUCAACUCAUAUUGUAACUAUAUUACGUCUGCUCGACUAAACCUCGGUAAUCAGAUGGGUGACCCCUGUAUAUAGAAUAGGUAACUCAAUAUAGCCUGGAUGCUUUAUAAUGACUAUGGAGUCAUAGCCUCAGAUGUUGAAACCUUUAAUUUGGCAUUUUUGAGAGAAUUUGGUCCAUACUAUACCACUAAAUAUUCAUGUAUAAACUUCUACUCCUGUAAAUUCAUGUAAUUUAGUAAAUUUUGUUUCCUUCUCUUUCA